CGCAGCGCGCAUGCUCCGUGCGCGGCGCCCCCGACUCGCCGCUCGGCUCCGCUCGGGCAUUUCCGCCUCUUUGUUUUAAACUCCGGACGGGUUUUUUUCUCCUGCUCCUGGGGGGACCCGGAGGCAGCGGCGCCCCCCCCCGGCGCUGCCCCGCGUGCGCCCCGCUCGCCGCAGCCGAGCCGGCAGGCUUCAAAAUGUAGCAGAGGGCUCCCGGCUGCCAUGGACAGAAAAUGGACAGAGAGCGAGGGACAGAAGGGAGGCGCACAGGUGAAGACCCACGGGGCAGAGUGAGGCCGCCGGCGAGGACGCGCAGCAUCGGAGCAGCAGCCUGAGCGCCCAAUGCGAAGGCCGGAGGAGAGGGCCGCAGACAUCUAGAGAGAAGCCAAAGAUGUUGACGAGAAAGAUUAAGCUCUGGGACAUAAACGCCCACAUCACCUGCCGCCUGUGCAGCGGGUAUCUCAUCGACGCGACCACGGUGACCGAGUGUCUGCACACGUUCUGUCGGAGUUGCCUGGUCAAGUACCUGGAGGAGAACAACACCUGCCCCACGUGUAGGAUCGUGAUCCACCAGAGCCACCCGCUGCAGUACAUCGGUCAUGACAGGACCAUGCAGGACAUUGUUUACAAACUGGUUCCGGGCCUUCAAGAAGCGGAAAUGAGGAAGCAGAGGGACUUCUACCACAAGUUAGGCAUGGAGGUGCCCGGAGACGUCAAGGGGGAGACCUGUUCUGCAAAGCAGCACCUCGACCCCCAUCGGAACGGUGAAACCAAAGCAGAUGACAGUUCGAACAAAGAAGCAGCAGAGGAGAAGCAGGAGGAGGACAACGACUACCACCGAAGCGACGAGCAGUUGGCAGAGAAACAUGUGCUUGCUCUGAAACAUCCUGAACGUAAAAGAAUUGAAGCCCAGACCCUGCACACGACUCCCCAGGUGAGCAUCUGUCUGGAGUGCAACAGCAGCAAACUACGCGGCCUGAAACGGAAGUGGAUCCGCUGCUCGGCCCAGGCCACGGUCCUGCACCUGAAGAAGUUCAUCGCCAAAAAACUUAACCUUUCGUCUUUCAAUGAGCUGGACAUUUUAUGCAAUGAGGAAAUCCUGGGCAAGGACCACACGCUCAAAUUUGUGGUUGUCACGAGAUGGAGAUUCAAGAAGGCACCGCUCCUGCUGCACUACAGACCCAAGAUGGACCUGCUCUGAGCGCGGCCCCGCGCCGGGCCCCACUGCAUGCGGGUGUUGCCUGCGGUGUCGCAGGACCAGAUUCCUGAAUAGAGUAUUUAUAACUUUUGUAUGAGAGAAUUCACACUCGACAAGACACUACCAGCACCACGGUUACAAGACGACGAAACACUUCACAGUCUCAGCGGCCGGAGAGGCGCCUCUCGCAGACUAGAUGGUAAACACAGUGGCCACGCGACCUGUGCUCGCUUCCCGGGCCUUGAAAAUCUGGUCAUUUCCGUUUAGUUUAUGAAUUUGGGUUCACGAUAAUCCUCAAAAAUACUUGUACGUUUAUUGAACCCUCCUAAGUUAUUGAAAAAAAUAUCUCUUCUUGGUGAAUGACGAUAUUUAUGUUGCCUUUAGCUUCCUGAAGACUUACAGGUAUAUAAAUGGUUAAUUUAAAAGCAUUCCAUUAAUACUAUGAGUUAGCCACGGGAUUUAGUUUUCCACGUUAGGAGCCACGUCAGCCCGCAGCUGCCCCGCCUCGCCGGUGCCUGGGCCCCGAGGACGCGCUGCGGCCCUGGCCGAGGCCGGGAGGGUCCCCCGCCCCCCUGGACGCGGCCGGGCUGGCGCGGCCCGCAGGGCCCUGGGGCUGCCUUGGCUGGCUGGGCGCUGGCCUGCAGAGCCACCCGUGUCCUCGGACGGUGUGAGGGCCCUGGUGGCUCAGGGCUCCCGCUUAAUCUCCCUGCUUGACUCCUCCCCGUGCUCCCCAGACAGGGUGGUGGCCCGGGGGGGGGGGGCUCUCCUGGGAAGGCGCUUGGUCGGGCGGCGCAUCCGUGGGCUCUGGCGGGGCCUGCGGUCGCCUUCCCGGUUCCUCGAUGGGCCGGCGCGGCUGUGGCAGGCAGCACACUCUCGGUUCACCCCUUUCUCCUCGCAGAUGUUCAUAUUUUUGUGGAAUUAGUGAAUAAACUCUGCCAGCACAUCA